GAACUGUACGAGGCUGCAAUGAUGGGAGACUUCGAUUCACUGAUGGAACUGUUGGAUAACAAUCCCUCCGACUACAUCUUGAACCAGAAGACGCCGAUGGACAACAACGUUCUCCACAUCGCGGCGCGGCACAGGCAGGCGAGCUUCGUCGAGCAGCUCAUCUACCGGCACCCCUCGGGAGGCUCUCUCCUCUGGCAGGAGGACUACAAAGGUCACACUCCGCUGCAUACUGCAGCGAGGGUCGGGUGCGUCGACAUAGUUCGAGUCGUGAUUGACUAUCUGAGGAGUUCGCCGCCCGGCGACAUCGAGGGAGGUGGGCUGGUCGAUCUUCUUCGGAAGGCGAACGCCGACAAGGAAACCGCGCUGCACCAGGCAGUGAGGAACGGCCAUUCCUCGGCGGUGAAGUUGCUGGUCGAAGCAGAUCCGACACUGUGCGACGUGUCCAACAAUGAUGAUGAGUCCCCGCUCUAUCUCGCUGCCGCGCAGGGGUUUCUUGAUAUUGCCGAACUCAUAUUAGACGCUUCUCCACUGCCGUCGCCAUCGUCAUCAUCCUCUGGCAAAGGCCCCAAAGGCAUGACAGCAUUGCACGCAGCCAUCUGCUACACUCCGCAAGGACAUGAUUGCUUGAGAACGAUGGUGAACAAGAGACCACACAUGAUCAGUGAAGGAGACGACAUUGGGUGGACUCCUCUUCAUUAUGCUGCUCACUUGGGCAAAGUUGAAGCAGUUCAAAUACUACUGCGGCAUGAGGUCUCUGCUGCACACCUUUUAGCCAAAGACGGUGCAUCUGCUCUUCAUAUUGCGGCGCUUGUUGGCCAUAUCGAUGUAAUGGACGAGCUGAUUAAAUUCUGUCCCGACACUUGUGAUUCGAUAAACAGCAGAGGACAAACCGCUCUUCACUCUGCAGUAUUAGGCGGACAGAUAAAGGUCGUCAAGCACGUGUUGGAGACGCCGAAGCUGGAGGAUCUUAUAAAUGCACGAGAUAGAGAUGGAAACACCGCUCUCCAUUUGGCUGCUCUUUGCCGAGACUACGACAUGAUGAACAUCCUAGCUCGCGAUAAGAGAGUCGACAUCAGAGCCACGAACAAGGAACGUUUGACAGCCCUAGGCAUUUUCGACGGUCAUGAAAAGGUUGGCUUUAAAGCUGCAAAAGUUCAGUACUUGUUGGAAGCAUGGGUUUGUGUCAACGACAUGCAAGACCGGGCUAUUAAACACGUGAAGAGACUUGAGAAGCGAUAUGGUGAGGAAAGAUCAAGCAUUUCCAUAACCACAGGGAAUAUGGCCUACCAAGAGAAGUUCGAUAAACCGAAUGGAUGUGUGCAUAACAAUUGUCUGCUCAUCGCAGUGUUUAUUGCCACGGUCACCUUCGCAGCAGCAUUCACACUGCCUGGCGGCUACUACAACAAUGGGCCCGACCAAGGGACAGCGACUUUCGUGAGACAAGCGGCUUUCAAAGCCUUUGUGGUGUUUAACACCACAGCAUUCUGUUUCUCGGUCCUUGCAAUCUACCUCCAGUUCGAUUUGUCUCCAACUGGCGAAUUCGAGCCCAUGGGGAUGCGGCAUGUGCAUGUUGCUGGAGUCAGUAUUUACAUCGCCCUUCUGGGAAUGGUCCUAGCCUUCGCUUCGGGCAUGUACAUUGUGUUGGCCAAAACCAUUGGGUGGGGGAUCAUUGGUUAUACUCUGGCAGGGUCAAUGGCAAUGAUUUGCUUGAUCGGUCGAUUCAUGAAACCGAAGGUCAGGUUUGGUUUCCAAACACGUCCUCCUGCUAGAUCCAUCAAGAACUUGUUGGUUGGUAUGGAAUCUAGUCAUCGAUCUUCAUAUACGUGCAAGUUGUGAUGGGUAAGGAAUGAAAACAGAGAAUGUACACUAGCUGAUUCCAUUCUUAAUCAUGUUUGUCCAUAAUGGACAACAGU